ACGAAGCUCGUUCGAAUUUCUACGGGACGCAAUGAACGUGCGCCGAACUCGCCGAGCGGUGAUGCCGUGUGUAACAAUCGAGGGAGUCUAGUGAUCGUGCGGUGCCCGGUCUACAGAAGGUGUCCGGGGCGUCGCGUCAUCGUCGUGAUCGGCGCCGUCGGCAGCGUGCGUGUCGCCGACGUGUCGCCGCCGUCGUACAGUGGCCACCGCGCGGAGUCUAGGUUUUUGCCGCCGCCGCCGCCGCCGUCGUCGUCGUCGUCGUCGUCGUCGUCGCCGUCGCCGCGAGUGCGCCGAGCGAGCGAGCGAGCGAGCGAGCGAGCGAGCAAGCGUGAGUGAGCGAACCGACCGUGGCGGGACCCCCCACCUCCCCCCCCACGAUUGUUGUAAAUGGCUGAUCGCGAUCGGAGAAUGAGGCCCGCACGUAGCAGCGCGUGAUUCCACGGCCGAGACGCUUAAGUCUGAGAACAGAAGGGAUAGAGAAGCGUGUGCCUCUCGUUGGAAUUAGACGCUUCUCGGAGCAUCGAUGAAACAGGGUAGAAAAUGUCAGAACCUGAGGAAAGUCUGGCAGCGCCGGAUAGCACUACAAGGGAACAACGGAUUGGCUUCUCCCAUGGAGAUGAUGUUCUUCAACAUAAAGAUGACAAAUUUUACCUUGGUACAGUUGUCGAGGUGGACUUGGCAAGGGAAAGAUGUCUUGUCAAUUUUAUGGACAACACAUCUUCCUGGUCCUCGUUUAAAGAGCUGACAAAGCUGGCUAUGCCAGAUUCGGAUGUUAUGUGUGUUCUUUGCAAAAAAUCUCAGCCUAAGACUGAUAAUGACAUUAUUGUUUGCGACAAGUGUGGUCGUGGCUAUCAUCAAAUGUGUCAUCAGCCUCAAAUACCAAAACAAGAAUCAGGUGCGGACACUCACUGGAUGUGUAAAAGAUGCACAGAUAGUCAACCGCGUACGCGUGAACCUUGCGAGCCAAAAACUUCUAUGGUUAAAGUAAAUAUCAGAAAAGUUUGCAGCGGUAGGGACCAACCUCAACCACCACCUGACGACAUGACAAAACUGCCAUAUGAUCCUGAUAUGUUAAGUUGGGAUGCGCAUCACAGAGUAAACGCCGAACAAAUUUACUGUUAUUGCGGACUUAACGGUGAAUGGUAUGCGCAGAUGUUACAAUGUGCUCGUUGUAAGCAAUGGUUUCAUGAAAAGUGCAUCAGAUGCUUAACUCACCCCUUGUUCAGCGGUGAUAGGUUUUAUGUAUUUGUUUGUUCAAUGUGCAAUCAUGGGAAGGAAUUUGUUCGGCGUUUGGAAAUGAAGUGGGUAGAUCUGGUGCACCUGAUGUUGUACAAUCUGACUGUUUAUAACGCUAAAAAGUAUUAUGAUUUGGACACUGUUAUUAUACCUUACGCAAAUGACAACUGGUAUACGUUACAACUUCCACCACGGAUUAGAGAUGUUAGUAUUGAAAUACGCAGGGAAUCGAUAUUGUCGAUAUUGACAAACAACAGAACAAGAUUCAAGUGUGGUAGAGAAAUAAAGAAACGCACUACAAUAUGGGGCCUCCGUGUCAGACUGCCACCACCCUGUCCAGUCGUAAAUCUUCCAGCAUCCGGCGAAAUAGACGAUUCCGUGUUACGUAGAUGCUGGUUGGGUGUUAACAAAAGACUGCAAUAUCUUUCCCCACAAAUAGGCCCUGUAAGUUUGCCAGAAAGUACAAAACAAUUGAUCGCAUUGAGGCAAAGCGUGGCCGAGAAUGUAGAAAUUCCUGUGAAUCCCUCAGAUUUAGUAAUGCGAGGUACAAUUUAUCAAAAUUCGGAAGCGGAACAAAGCUCAUGUCCGAGUCCAAGUCCACCCAGUCAAUCGACGCAGUCGUUAAGAGAAAGGUAUAGCGGCGGCGGUUUUGUAAAAAAAUCAUUCCCAUUUCCAAAGUUAAGUUUACAAAGAAGACGUCGUCUAAUGGCGUUAGGUAGUUCACGGGAAAGAAUGUUACGUAAACAUAAGAAAAGGGAGAAAGUAUGCGGAGACGGUACCAUGGGAAAAUCGCAAGGAGUUCGAGAAGCAAGAUAUAGAAAAGCGAGAAAAUUAUUGAAAAACGCCAUUGCCAAGAGUAAAUCACGAAGUUCAGAAGCAUCCGAUUUACCACCAACACCUCCGACUUCUGUUUCUGGACCGCCGACACCACCAGCCGCAACGUCAGGCAUGUCCGAGUUAUCUGUGCCUAGCUCUGUGGAUUUGAUGCAUCCUUUGCCACCUUCGACACCCGCGGAUACGAGCGGGGAUGAGACUAGCUCAAGAGGGACUCUCGAUUCGUUUAUUCCACCACCCAAAGAUUUUGAGGGAAAAAAUAAUCCAUUCAGUGAUUUGGUGGGUACGCCCUGUAGCCUUAAUCAAGGAAAUUCGAGUACGCCGUUACCUUACAAUCAGUGUCCCAUCACGUUGCCUCUACCGUUGACACCUGUGAUCUCGCAACCGCCAGUGGUACGUCCAGCCAAGAGGCAGUUAUCUGAGAAGGAUAUUAUUAUUGACAGAAACGGUCAAGUGAAGCGCAGAAGGCAACAUCGACGAGGACGUCCGUCCCAGCAGCAGUUACAGCAACAAUUUCAACAUACCGCCAGUAAGACGGCGGCUAUUUUGCCGGCUCGUAAUAAUGAAGUUAAAAGUGAAUUUGCCAGGAAUUUAAGAAGUUCAUAUAAUGGUGCCUCGAGCAGUGCGAGUAGUCAAAUUGGGAAUUGUGUGGAUUAUGCCUUAAAUGGUAGGAGAUUAAGACAGCGGCAGAAUAAUGAUAAAUUACCUCCUCCCGAUUCUCAACCGCAGAGAAAAAGCAGCAUGCCUUCAUCUCCAAAGUGUUCGCCUGUGAAGCAAAGUGCGCCCGACAUAUCUCUGGAUGAUCUAAAAUCAUCGGUGAAUAUUUACUUCGGUGCAGCUAAUAGAAUAGCUGCUGGUGAAAAGUUUAUCAUCAAAGCGAAGAGAAUAGGACCAAAUGGUCAGACACAAUACCUCAUCGAAUGGGAGGGAAUCAAUACUUAACGGUAAAUAAUAAUCCGCUUACUACGAAUAUAUUGCAAUCGUAUACAAAUUUUAAGUUGACAUCAAGUGUAUAAGAUGGAGAUCAGCUAUUGAAAUCUUGUAAUCAAUUCCCGAUGUUUUACAGCAAAAUGAUUGUGAUGAAUUGUUUUGCGUCACAUGCACUGCCACUUGUUACAUACAUUUCAUAAAAAUGUAUGUAUUUAUCGGCGUAUAAGAAUAUAUGAAUGUUCUUGUAAAUGUAUGUCGCGCGUUUUAUCGAAUUAUUAAUCUAAAACUUUUUAUUAUGAUUGACAAAUUUUAUUGCUGGAUGCAUCUAUUUUGAUGCGUUUUAUCUAUUUUUAUCUAUUCAUCUAUUGUAUAUUAUUCCAUAAAAAGCAUACGUUCCAUAUUAAUUAUAUACCUCAUCAUUUGCACAUCUAUUUUAACAAAGCAAGUACUAUUUUAGUAGGCAAAAAAAAUGCUCGUCUUAAAAAUAUUUACAAGAACAAUCAGAUGUAUUGCUUAUCAAUUGUAAAUAGUGUAGCAUAGUAGAUUUGCGGGGAGGGAUCGAUGAUGUUAAGCCGCGUGAAAAUGAGAUUCCGUGUGCUUUAUGUCUAUUUACAGAACGAUUGGCCAAUCAUUUCUGAAUAUCAGAGAUAAGACCAUGAAUUAUGACAUAAAAAGUGAAUUGUAACAGACAGUUGUUCCUCUCACUUAAACUAAUGUACUAGCGAGAAUGUUAGUGGCUAGUGGUAAAAGAGUAAAACAAAGCAGACGCGCGUAUAUUGCGAAGAUUAUUUUUCAAUACACUUGUGUAGAGAUAGUCUAUGGCUUCUGUAACUUCAUUGUCUUAGUUUACAUUUUACUUUUCAAAUAGAUGACAAUACGAUGCAAAUCAAAAUUUUUCAAGAAAUAAAUUUAUUUAUUACUAUAAUUAUUAUACGUUUAUAUUUAUUCAGUUUACAUAUGCGAAAAUAACAUUGAAUAAUGUGUUAAAAAAAAAAAAAAAUAGAAUUGUGCCAAUCAGUAGUAUUUUUCGUACAGAUCAGAUUCAAAACGAUGUACUUGAGACGAUGAAGGUGCAGACUUAGCAUUGCUCACUAUUAUACAAGACUAAAGAAGGCAAAACGGCACACCUUUUCCGUAUCAUUUAAAACUAAUUGCGAAUUGACGCACUCGGUGAAUAUGUAAGUAAAUUGGCCAAGUUAUCUGUGCAAGGAUAACAUCGUAAAUUUCGACUACUGAAAACUGUGUUAACAGGCAACUCACAAUACUGUGAGCUCAUUAUAUCAUGUAGUCGUGCACUGUAAGAAAUUAAUCUUUGUGCAUUAAAUCAUUAGAUGCUAAAUUGCAAUUGUACAUAAAUAGGUUUAUAUAUCUAAACGAUCGUGUAGCACACAAUUUAGACACAAUAAUCACAGUAAAAUGUAACAGUGUCACAAAUUCUCUUACAAUAAUUUUUGAUACAGAUUAUUUUAUACAACUUUGGAUAAUCCUACUGGGAUUAUUGUAUAAGAAACAUUUUUGUACCUCAGACUAUGCACAGAAUCUAUGGUCAUGACUUACUAAUCAGAAAAUAUCUAUAAACAACUCUUUAAGCGAUAUAAUCUAGACAUUGCAGUUGUAUAGCCACUAUUAGAAUUUCAAAUCAAAAGAGCUUAUUAGAAAAUUUAAAUAAGCAUUUGAUAUUCGUUUAUAAUAAUUUUAUUAUCGAGAUUCGCUCUCAUGAAUUUUGUUUUAUAUAUAUUUUGCAGAUACAUGUGUUCGUUUGACAUAUUAACGGGAAAUUAGCAUAAUGUGUGCGGACUCUUUAUCUUUUUUACGAAGAAUCUGUCCGGUAUAAAGUUUUAAUUACUAGCUGAUUUUUAUAUAUGAUCGUAAUUAUAUUUUAAAUUUUAAUGUUUUAGUACAAUUAAAUGAUUCUCAUCGAUUUUUUUAAGUUUACUGGAUAAAUAUAAUUAUUCUGGAAUAUAUAUUUCUCUUAGAUGCGUUUCCCGAUAUUAUAGUGACAAGUCCAUAAACAGCUCGCGUGCUUGAAUCAACAUUUUAAAAUGUAAGCAUUUUUCUUUCUUUUCUUUUGUGUAUCUGCUAUUUAUUUUAUACGCAAUGCAAUAGUACUUUUGCAUUUUGAUUUCUUGAAAGAGGCUUAAACAAUCCGCGGUCACUGUGGUAUGAAAUGAGAGAUCUUUUACGCGCGAAUUGUCUUUUUAUCACAUAACCGUAUAAGAUAUUGAACGAGCAUAAAUAAAAAAUUCGGGAAAUCUUCCUUUCGCCAAUUCUUUAGGCAAAUAAUUUUUGUAAAACUUAUACAAUAGCAAUAGUUUCGGCUACGACGAAUCAUGUUUCGUGUAAAAGUUCUUGCAUCGUUCGUAACAUGUUGCUUAUGAUAUUAUUUUAAGAAAUUUCUACUUUACACAAAUCAUACGUUCCUUACGUAGUUGAAGCAAUUUUAGGAACGUCUUUUUCAUACCACAGAACAUUCUAUAGAGUGGUAUGUAGGUAAUAUGAAGACAAAAGAAAUGGACACUGCCAAACGUCUAAGUUAUAUUUAAGAAAUGACGUCGAACAACGUUGCACGCUAUGAUAUAAUAAUUAAAUGACACAUUUUCAUUCGCGUUUAUAUGUAUCGUCGCUCACAUUAUCCUCCCAUAUACGCGAAUGCGAAUGAAUGGCUCGAGCGCGGGAUUUUCGUGACACGUUGCUCGAUGAAGUUUUGACAAACCGUGUACACGCGAUAUAAUUCUUACAAAAGUGUGAAGUGUAGUAUAAACUUGCGUUUUCCGCGUUCGAGAUGUAAGAGAUGCCGCGAGAGAGACGUAAAACCUUGAACAUUUAUCAAAUUGUCGAAAAAGUUGGAAAAAUGUAUAUAUUUAAUAGUUUUUUUUUGCUGCGUGAUACUCUUCUAAUUCUAUAAUGAUACUGGAGGGGAUGAAUCUAAAGUGUACAAAAUAUGAGAAAGACAAAAUAUUUUGCGAAGACAUAAUUUGUAUUCAAUACUCUAUUCAGUAAAUUGCAGUGAAUCAUAGAAGCUAACGCUAUUGCACUUCUUAUGACCGUGGCCUGAUAUUGGCUAAUACCUUGUUUCUCUUAUGCAUAUUGAUUAUAUCUAUCUCCAUGUUCUACUGAUACGGAUAUUCUUGAAGCGAUAAAAUAGCAAAAUGAUGAGGUACAAUGACAAUGCUAAACUUUAUUGAUAGCGGAAGUAAAAUAACUUAAAUAAUUUAAUUGACGAAGGAGACACCGAAGGCAAUCAAGACCUUUAUUAGUUACCUUAAUUAACGCUUUUAUUGAUAUUGCUAAACAAUAUUACUUGCUAAUACUUUUUCCCAUUUGGUGCCGCAGAUCUGCUACCUCCAGUAUCGUUGUAUGUGUGCGACUAAAGUUAUCUUAUAUUCGAGAUAAAUUUUUUUUUGUAUCAUGAGUUAACUUUGCCAUAUCACUCGUGUUUGAUAAUACAGAUUGAUAAAAUAUAUCGAAGAUUCUUUUCGGAAUUUUCAAUGGAUUAGUAUAGAUUAGGUAGAUAGCUAUAAAUUUUGAUAAAUUGUCCAUCUUUGAAUUUUAUAAAAUAAAAAUACAUACGCGGACAUAAUUAUACAUUUAUUAGAAUAAAAAAAGAGAAAAUAUAAUUAUGCAUUUAAAAAGAAAAAAAAAGAGAGAAUAUAUUUACCAAUCUGUAUUAUAUAGUCGCAAAUUAAUAUACCUGGGUUAAGAGAUUAAGAGUUCCGUAACACGCAAAAAUUACUUAAAAUUCUUAAAUUCUCCCACGUCAUCUUCUCUUAUUUAUGAUUUAUAAUAUUGAAGCGAUGUGAGGCACAGAGUUCCGGCGACGAUUCCGUUUAUUUUCUCGUAUUAUAUGCUUAAGUAGAAUAAAGGAGCAACAUCCGGCGAAUGAUGCGCAUUGCGCUAAAAGUGAUGCGUUAGGUUACAAGGCAAUCGAUCACACGUUGCAACAACGAGCGUCAUCUUCGCGAUAUCGCAGUAUUUUGUACCAGAGUUCACAUAUGAUUUCUACAAAUCCAAGGAUAACGAUCUUUUAUAAUCGUCGAGAACCAAUCGUCGGGUCUCCAUCAUCGAAAAGAAACUGUUGUAACGCCAUCAAGAUAAAACGGUGUGCGUAAAUUUUAAUCGUUUGCGAAUGAGACAGAAAAGAGAGGGAAAGCAAGAGAGAUUGUCUUAAUUAUCGCGGCAAAGUUUACAUUCGACUAUCAUGUCGAAUCCAGAAGAAACGCGUGCGCGGUGAGGGAGAUCGUGAAAGAAAGAGAGAGAGAGAGAGAGAGAGAGAGAGAGAGAGAGAAGACGAAAGUUAAUACUGCCAGUAUCAUAUGUAUAUAUAUGCAUAUACAUAUUAUGACUCCCCCGCAUCCUCCUCUCGCCCAUCCCCUUUUUUAACAUAUAUAGAUAUCCUACCAAUACAUCUUCAGAGUAACGCGAGCCGUAUACCGUUUGUAUGGCGAUUACAGUGUGCGAGCUCGAAUGGAAGUUCGGCAUCUCACUUCCAGAGCGUGUAUUGUCCGCGAUCAGUGUUCUGUAUGAGAUUUCAAUGAAACGUAGAAAUUCCGAUCUCUUGAUAUAUGUGUACACACAAGACGCACAGUGUUCUCCGCCGCGUCGAUUGUCAAGAAAUCUAUAAUGGCGAGCGUUUUAGGAGAAUUACUCUUCAUUCAUUAUAUUAUAUACACAAUCCGGAGAAAGAGAAAUGUUUAUACGAUGGUGAUAAUCAAUCCCUCUGAUUUGAUCCUCUAAUAUAUGGAGGCGGAGGUCUCGCGUUAAAGUGAAAAAUUUUUGAGAUGCUCCUCUCGCGAGAGAAAACGCUUUAGUCAAUACACAAAAUUAACAAACUGUUAUUUGUAAAUUUUUAGGAUAUUCACUCGUUGUUGAUAUAAAAUGUUUUCUGCGAUCAAUCGGGGACUAUUUGACAAGAUCAGGUUUUAAAGCGAGGAAAAAGAUGUGUCAAUCGCGUUCGGAAUUAAUUUUGAUUGUAAAAUGUAUUUUAGGUAAUUUUCAUAAAAUUAAGAAAAUGAAUUGGAUUUAAGUUAUCAAUUGUACGAUAUUAUUAAUGGAAUAACACAAAGGCCGAGUCAGUGUAUAUGCACGAUAUACAUCGAUUGAUUAGUGGUCGUUCUUCAUUUCCGCCGAUAUCUUGUAUGAUUCGAGUGCUGGUUGCCCGAAUACGUUGUCGUCAUUCGUUACUUAUUAAAAAAGAACGCUCAUUUAUCACGAUCAAAAGUAUUAUAUUUAGGAAAUCUAUUUCCAUUUAUCUCGAGAGGAUUACGCUUUCGAUUGGAAAAAAGAAUAUUGCUUGUGUAAAAUGGCAGGGGAAAAAAGAUUAUUAGUUUAAUAUAAGUAGCGUAUUACACGUUACCGCAAGUUUUCGUACCAGCAACGUGUUCGUGUAAUAAAUUUUAUCUUUAAGUAUAUAAAUAUACUUUCGACAAUAUUCUAUAAUGUAAGUCAUUUUUCACGGGAGUGUUCAUAAUUUUUCGUGUACGUGUGACGCGUUAGAAUGGAACGAUAACACAAUUGAUAGUCUUCGCAAAAUCUCUUCAUAUAUUAUUUGACAAAAAAAACCGCUCGCAAUCCAAAUUUUUGUAGCAAUUAUUCUUCUUAACAAUGAUUAAGACUCAACACGCGAUUGCAACUAGGCAGUAAAUUUCAGGAGUGCGGAGAUGAGCGAAAUUGAUCGCCGAGCCGAGAUCGAUUCUGUAAUCCUCGUGCGCAGAGAGGGAUGAUUGUAACACGCGCGAAAAUUUAGGCAAGAGUAUGCGUGCGUGUAUCGUGCGAAUGUGAAUUUAAUAUGUUUAUGCGUGUAUAUGUGUAUAUUUGUGUAUGCGCGAUAAAUUCUUAAAAUGAAAUACAAGAAGCGAAAUUAAUUUGUCAUCACAGAAGCGAAAGAGAGAGAGAGAGAGAGGGAAACAAAUGAGGAAUGAGAUAAAUGAUGUCUGUUUUGAUUAUCGGGAUUUGAUUAAGUGUAAAACUUCGCUGGAACAUCAUACUUGUAUGAUUUCGUGUUUUUUUUUUUUUUUUUUUUUUUUUUUAUUGCAUCAGGCGAAAACGCUCGUCUCUUCGCGAGAUCACGCACGAAAGAAUAAUCGUUUCGCCAAAAUUGAUGUGUGAUAGAAAACUUCAUUUAUACAUACAUACACAUAUAUAUAUAUAUAUAUAUAUAUAUAUAUAUAUAUAUAUAUAUAUAUAUAUAUAUAUAUCUCCGAAUACAGAUCUCCGAAUUUUUACGUUUCUCUGCGUACAUUUCCAUUUUUAACAUUAAUUCAAUAAUAGACUCUGUAUAUACAAUACAUCGCCUACGCUUGUACGAAUAUUUGCGUUCGUCGCUCUUGCCGACACCCUUUCGGUUCUUCCCUCCCAUCUUCGAGAAAUAGAUGCCAAUCGACAUAUCAUAUCGCUACUCCCGACUGCAUUGUACAUAUAUACAAUCAUCUCUGUGAAGAAGAAUCUCCUCCAAAAUAAACUGCCAGCCUGUUCGAAGAGUCAUUUUCAUAUGGGAGUCACUACGCUUAUGUUGAAUUUUCAGUGAGUAUAAAAGACACACUAUCAAAUUUUAGUUAUCUUGUUCCCUCAUGAUAAAACGUGCAUCGUCAUCUGUCUUGCGAUGUGUACAGUUAAUUAUUUCGGUACGCAUUUGUCAAGCUUUAUGUCAAGUUGGUUGAAGAAAACGGAAAGGGAACGGCCAGAGCACUUAUACUAUAUACAUAUGUGUAUACAAUAUCCCAGAACCAUCGCCGAUCGAUUAGUUCUUAUGGAUCCUUUUAAACAAUUCAAGACUAAUUAGUCCUUGAUGAAAAUGUUAGCGGCCGCGAUUUUUGCUUUUCAACUGUAAUCUCACAAAAAUUUAUAUAUUUAUAUACUUUAUAUAUAUAUUUACUUAUUUAUAUCUCAUAAAAAUCCAAUUUUAGCUACAGAAUAGAAUUAAAUUCGAAUUACAAUGUAUCAAAUUGGAAGAUGACAUAUCAAAUUUUUAACAAAAAUGAUCUAUAUGUUGUUUAUGGUUAAUUCUCAAAAUUAGUGAAAAAAAAAUUCAUAGGAGAACUAGACGAUGAUUUUGGAAUGUAUAUGCAUAUAUAUAUAUAUAUAUAUAUAUAUAUAUAUAUAAAAUUAAUUUUACUGAAUAUUAUUAUUUUAAAACGAUCCUGUCUUUUUUUCGAGCUGUCAUUGAUAGCGCGCUGCCAGUCGUUAUUGCGUUUAAAACUACAGAGCUCGCAUGUCAUUCGAUAACGUUGUCACACGACACGACGGCGCUUGUCUGUCGGAAAAUCAUUUAUUCGUUAUUGUUCAAUGCUUGCGUAAAGAGACUGAUUCAUGUAAAUUUCUUCGCAUUUUUUUUAUACUUUAUUCGUUUUCAUCAAUCCGAGUAAUCGCGGAGAUCCACGUGUAAGAAGAAAAAUUUAAAAAAAGGGGAAAGGAAAAAAUUAAAGCGAAAAGAAAGAAUGGUUGUCGAUUUCUCGAUGACCGAUGAUGACAAAAUCGCUGCUGUAAAGAGAGAAUAAUAAAUGAUACGUGUAGACUUAAUGAAA